GAUUUUUCUUUUUAAUAUUCUCUCUUUCUUGUCUUGGAGGCCACUUGAAACUCUCUUAGCUCUUUCUUUAACGUAGAAGCAUAUAUAGAAGAGCAGUUUCCACGACCUAACCAACUUACCUCUCUAGUUCCUCAGCUCAAAACAUUUAAAUAUUUUCUUUUGCGCUUGAACCUUGAAAUUUGGAUUUUUUUUAAUGAAAUGGAGAAGAAUACAAAGAUGAAUCUUGUCCAUGAUUUUGAUGAUCAGCAUUACACUGACGAAGGGCAAGAGAACAUAAUUCUCAACCCUAAAUUUGAGGACGGCCUCAACAACUGGAGUGGAAGAGGGUGCAAUGCUGUCUUACACGAGUCCAUAGACGGAGGAAGAAUCAUGCCGCUCUCAGGACACGUAUUCGCCGUCGCAACAGAGCGCAAAGCCACAUGGAACGGGAUUGAACAGGAGAUUUCAGGAAGAUUUCAGAGAAAGCGUGUCUACGAAGUAACAGCUGUGGUUCGAAUAUCUGGCAACAAUAUCACCAGUGAAACCGUACGGGCAACUCUUUGGGUCUUAAGCGCAAACCAACGUGAACAAUACAUAGGCAUUGCAAAUGUGCAGGCGACUAAUAAAGAUUGGGUAGAGUUGAAGGGUAAAUUCGUAAUCCAUGGUUCACCAACUAGAGUAAUACUAUUCCUUGAGGGUCCACUUCCCGGAGCUGACAUUCUCCUCAACACUUUAGAUGUCAAACAUGCUCGAAGGAUUCGUCCGUCGCCUCCACCCGUCUACGAGAAUCCCGGUUUUGGAGUCAAUAUAGUCGAAAACAAUGAAGUGAGCGAUAGGGAACCUCAACCAUGGUUUACCCUAGGAAACUGCAAGUUGAGUAUUGGACAAGGCGCUCCUCGCACUCUGCCUCCAAUGGCAAGAGACACGCUCGGUCGUCACAAACCUCUUAGUGGAAAUUACAUCCACGUGACCAAUCGAACGCAGACUUGGAUGGGCCCGGCUCAGAUGUUAACCGAUAAACUUAAACUCUUCUUGACAUAUCAAAUCUCAGCAUGGGUCAAGAUUGGUGUGGGAGUGACUAGUGGUCUGAGUCCUCAGAAUGUGAACAUUGCACUGAGCAUAGAUAACCAAUGGGUCAACGGAGGACAAGUCGAGGUCACCGUUGGUGACACAUGGCAUGAGAUCGGUGGAUCGUUUAGACUCGAGAAGCAGCCGCACAACGUCAUGGUUUACGUUCAAGGUCCUGCAGCUGGUAUUGAUCUGAUGAUCUCAGGACUACAAAUAUUUCCCGUGGACCGUCGAGAACGUCUCAGAUGUCUCAAAAAACAAGUUGACCAGGUACGUAAGCGCGACAUCAUCUUGAAAUUCUCAGGACUAGAUGACUCAUGCGACUUGUUUCCUUACAUAGUGAAAGUGAAGCAAACGUACAACAGUUUCCCAGUAGGAACGUGCAUUAACAGAACAGACAUAGACAAUGAAGACUUUGUAGAUUUCUUCACAAAGAACUUUAACUGGGCAGUGUUUGGAAACGAGCUGAAGUGGUACUGGACUGAGGCCGAACGUGGAAAGCUGAACUACCAAGACGCAGGCGACAUGUUAGACCUCUGUAUCGGAAACAACAUAAAUAUUAGAGGGCACUGCAUCUUCUGGGAAGUCGAGUCCACUGUUCAGCCAUGGGUUCGUGAGCUCAACAAAACCGAGCUGAUGAAUGCGGUCCAGAAGCGUCUCACGGAUGUCCUAACGCGAUACAAAGGUAAAUUCAAACACUACGACGUGAACAACGAGAUGCUUCAUGGUUCUUUCUACCAAGGCAGACUUGGAAAAGGUGUAAGAGCAUUGAUGUUCAACAUCGCACACAAGCUUGAUCCAUCUGCUCUUCUCUUUGUGAAUGAUUAUCAUGUGGAGGACGGUGAUGACACACGGUCAUCCCCGGAGAAGUAUAUCAGACUUAUUCUUGAUUUGGAAGCGCAAGGAGCACCCGUAGGAGGAAUUGGAAUCCAAGGACACAUUGAUAGUCCUGUUGGAGCCAUUGUUUGCUCUGCUCUUGAUAAGCUUUCUAUUCUUGGUCAUCCUAUUUGGUUCACAGAGCUUGAUGUCUCUUCGAGCAAUGAGUACGUUAGAGGAGAAGAUCUUGAAGUCAUGUUGUGGGAAGCAUUUGCCCACCCUGCAGUCGAAGGUAUAAUGCUGUGGGGAUUCUGGGAACUAUCUAUGAGUAGAGAGAACUCGAAUCUUGUUGAGGGAGAAGGAGAUGUAAACGAAGCCGGGAAAAGAUUUAUGGAGGUUAAACAAGAAUGGUUAUCUCAAUCAUAUGGGAUCAUCAAUGAUGAAUCAGAGUUCAUCUUUCGAGGCUACCAUGGUACUUACGCCAUUGAAGUUUGUACUCCGGCCGGGAUUGUUCUCAAAACGUUCGUUGUUAAGAAAGGAGACUCUCCACUUGUUCUGUCAAUUGAUUUAUCUUUUUUGUAAUGUUUACGUUUUUACUCUCCUUUUUUAUUGUUUCUCUUAUAUAUGGGUGGAGAUUUGUUCUUGGUGAAGGACGUAACAUAUGUAUAAUGUAUGUAUGUACACAAAGUUAUGUUAUGUAUUUGUUUUUGAUUGUUUGGUAAAAAUGCAAUAAAAGCUUUUAUGUAUGUUCGCAACUCGCAAGAACCUUUUUCUAUAUCAUAAAUUUGUCGUCUUUCUCUCGGC